ACGCAGACAGGCCGAAACACAAUGCGACCUUUCCACCGAAUUCACGAGGGAUGUCGGGUUCCUCCAGGUGUGCUCGAGAAACCUUUCAAAGAAGCUAUCGCAUACCAGCCCAGAGAUGAUGACAUCUUCAUCGUCACCUACCAGAAAUCGGGAACGCAUUGGGCCUCAACCAUUGUCAACCAUAUCCUCCAGGGAGCCAACGCCAAAGUUCCCCCGAACUACCUCGAAAUGUACGGUCCCGCCGCCGUGAACGAAUGCCACCGAGGAGUCGGCCUCCGGAACGUCAUCCAAUCGCACUUGCCGGUAGCGCUUCUUCCCUGGAACUCCAAGGCUCGAUACGUGAUGGUUGUCCGAGAUCCGAAGGACGUCUUGGUGUCCUUGUUCCACCACACGAAAAACAUCGAGCUCUACGAUUACAGUGACGGCACGAUCGAACAUUUCUACGACGAGUUCAUUGCCGGUCGCAUCGAGUACGGUUGCUACUUCAGAGCUCUGUUGGAUUACUACUGGUUGAGUAUACGAUCCCCUCAAAACACCCUGCUCUUGACGUACGAAGGAAUUCAUCAAGACAAGUCUGCGGCCGUCAAGAAGAUCGCCUCGUUCCUCGACGUCCCGCUGACCGACCAGAGGGUGGCUGAAAUAAUCGACGAGAGCGACAUCCGAAAAGUUCGGGCCAACUGCACCACGAAAUACGACUCGGUCUCAGCGACGAGUACCGCAAACAAGCGAUUGCUCGAAGCUUACACAAAGGACGGAAAAUUCCUUCCUCCUCCGCCGGUUGCGUUCGCCAGAAAAGGAGAAGUAGGAGACUGGAAAAACCAUCUCACAACUCAGAUGGUCGAAGAGCUCGACGCCAGGAUGGCCGCGAUGCCCGAAGGUGUCCAAGCACUCUGGAAACGGCACGCUGACGGGAGAAACCAUCUCAUCUGUGAGCAGUGAUCUCUAGACACGUGAAAAACGGUUUUACGGCUGGGGAAUCCCCGCACCUGUGUAUUAUUAAGUCAAUCAACUCAACUAUUCGAAUAAAUCUUCAAUGCCAAAAGCCU